CGCAAUCAACUUGUCAUCUACAAUUGUGUAGGAAUCAAGCACUUUAUUUCAUUCCUUCAAAACUGGAAAGCUGGCGAACCUUACCAGACUCUUACUUGUUAUCCUUUUGACGCUUCCCGCUUUCGCUUAUUACCCUCUCGAAUUCCCAAUAGUUUCGUGGUCCAAAAUGGCUUCAGAGACUUCCGCCCAGGACUUGGCCAUUCUCUCUACUGAGUUCAAAGCUCUUCGUGACCGCAAGGGACACUUUAAUGGAGGCGAGCAUGACAAGGACGUGGACGGUUAUGGUGGGAAAAAGCACAAAACGAUGGAAGCUCUUGCAAAGGCUUUGGGAAACAAAGGAACGCCUGCCACUAAAGUACUGGAAGCUAUGGGACCUCCUGAUGAGAUCGUACCCAAGGUGGGUGCUUCCAAUGUGGGCCCACUUCAAGCCGCUGGUCCGGGUGCAAUUACUGGUGGAAUGCCGGGUCCUGUUAUUGCCGGAGGAUCUCCCAACGCUCUUGGAGCAGCUGAGGGUAAGCCAUACUUUUUGAUAUACUACUGGCGCGGACGGCAUGAUUACCUAUGGUUUGAGGUGGACCCUUCUGGUGAUGAAAAGAUAAAUGACUACGGCUGGUAUGCUGCUGGUGAAUAGAUGAUAAGCGGCCGGAGACUCCUGGAAUAUCAUACAGCGUUGUACUUAAGGCUACCUUCAAUCUAUCACCAACUUUAUAAAUAAUUUACGCCGCAGAAUAAUAGCAUUUAUAUGCAUAGAUCAAAUCUGAA